UAUAAGUACCAGUUACUCCCUCAUCCGCCUCCUCACUCAAACCACUCCCUCCUCAUUUUCUCUCUACCAAACAGUUUAUCAUAAAAACCCCUAACAAAAUGGAAAUUGCAAAACUCUCCAAAGCCCCGCAAAAGCCCGUAGCCAAGCGACUAUGGCACAUAAUACGCGCAGUCUACUACAUGCUCUACAAGGGCAUCUCAAAGCACAACAAGCUCAUCAUCGACCUCGACUCCCGUCUCCUCUUCUGCCGGCAUGCGGACCCCACGAAAUCCUUCUACGUCCCCCGAGAAGUCGAGUUCAGCUGCAGGAACACUCCAAUAUUUUUCCAAAGAAAGAAGAUGAAGCGUUAUGAGAGCGCUAAGGAAAUCGCAAGAGCGUUCGAGAUGCUAGACAACGAGGAAGUUCAUGAGGACAGUUUUUGUUUUCAUGGGCCGAGUUUGAGCCCGAUAGUUUUGAAGGAGGAGAUGAUGGAGGGAGAGAAUGUGGAUGAAGAAGCUGAGGAUUUCAUUCGCAGGUUUUAUCAGCAGUUGAGGUCUCAGCAGGAGCCGUUGCUCGGUCGAGCUUGAUAUGAGAUUGCUGCCGGGGGUUGGAUUUGCAAAUAAAUAAUCGUUUGGUGCUUUUCCG